AAAAUGCAACAACAAAUGGAAAAAGAAGUUCAAGAUACGACUAUUUUAGAAAAUUUAGAAUUGAUUACCUCGUUAGAAGAAAGUUUUCAUGAAGAAGCAACAGCAGUAAUACCAACAACCAAAAAUUAUAAUCAAAAUGAUAAUAGAUUUAAAUUAGACUUACAAACUAUUCCUGUUGAAUGUGCAAGAUAUGGAUGGAUUAAUGUUGGCGAAGAUUGGCUUGAAUGUGAAUAUUGUGGAGAAAAAAUGUUGGUAAAAAUACCAUUAUAUCCUGAUUUAGAGAACCAUUUGGAAAAACAAUAUUAUGAAGCUCUUACUACAGCACAUUCAACCUUUUGUCCAUGGCGUGAAAUACCAUGUGAAGAAUCUAUUUAUAAAUUUCCUAUUCUUUCAAGUGAAGAAACAAUAAAAGAAUUUCAAAAGAGAAUAAUAAAUUUAAUAAAACUUGGCGAAAAAAUUCCAAAAAUCAAGGCCAACAUAAAUAAGAAUGAUGAUGAGGAAUUUAUCAAAUCCAUGGAUUUGAUUAUUCCAGCAGAAGCAAAAGGAAUUGAUAGCAUGGUUUUGAAGUCAGCAAUAUAUUUAUCAUUAUUUGGAUGGAAAUAUAUUAGUAAAUAUGGAAUUGAUGAGUUGUUAUGUGAUGUGUGUUUUAGAGAAUGUUCAGUAAAUGAUUAUAAAAAAACAGAAGAAAUCCUUGCUUGCAAAAACGAAGAAGAAAUUUGGGAUCUGUUACAAAUUAAAAAUAAUCAAGUAUUUAAUUGCGAAGGUGAACAUUAUUGGUAUUGUUUAUGGAUUGCCAAUGGUAAACAAAAAUUAAAUGAUAAUGAAAAUAUUGACACUGUUGAUGAUAAUGUUGAUAAUAAUGUUGAUAAUAAUGUUGACGGUAAUCUUAAUGAGUAG